AUGGCGAGUCAGCAUCACUACUAUCCUCCUCCGCCCGGCGCGGCACAGAGCUCACCAGCUCCUCAACCGCAGCAGCAACAACAUCAAUAUGCGCCGCCACCGACCUCUCCUCCGGCGAACCGCACGCAAUUUUAUCCUCCUCCGCCUCAACCACAGGCUCAACCGGGACAGGCCAUGAAUUAUCCUCCUCCUCCACAACAUACACCAUCUCCUCAAGUUCCUCAUCAACCAACGCCGAUACACUAUCCGCCACCUCCCCAGCAGCAACUACAACAGCAACAGCAGCAACACACUCCUUCUCCGCAAACCAACCAUCACUCCCAUAGUUCCUCCCAGGGAUAUUAUCCUCCUCCUCCGGCUUCUGCGCCAGCUCAUCAGCAGCACUUUCAACACAACCAACCGCAGGCGACACCUCCGCCUUCACAGACUCAAUAUCAUGCGCCGAGUCAGCACAACUACCUGGCCAUGAGGCCCACGGCAACGCCCCCUGUCGCGACUCCUUCUGUAGCUACGCCUCCGGUUGCAACACCUCAAUCUCAUCAACAGAACUUCGACCCUCCGCCUGCGCCGGUAUCGCCUCUCGAUGAAAGCCCAUUCCCAGCUGAAAAGCUCAAGCAGGAACCGGAGCAGCAACCCGCAGGAAAUGCGGUAGCUAUGACGGUUUCUGGAGCACCCCAGGCAGGUCAGUUUGUGGGCGCGGUGGCUACGGCUGACGAUACCGGAACUUUCAAUGGAGGCAGCUACCGCAUCAGUCACCGUGACUGCAAUACUAUCAUCACCAUCCAGCUCGCCAUGGGCUGUCCCAUGUCCGCCAAGCCAGGCGCAAUGAUCGCCAUGUCUCCCUCUGUUACUCUCAAGGGGCAGAUCAAAUUCAGCAUGAAGAAGAUGAUUACCGGAGGUGAAAUGUCAAGCUCAACGUACAUCGGUCCCGGCGAGGUGCUCCUUGCGCCGCAUAGUCUUGGUGAUAUUACCACAAUUCGUCUCUCGGGUAAGGACACCUGGUCAGUAGGCCACGAUGCAUUCCUAGCCUCAACGCAGGGUGUUAUCAAGGAUCACAAGCGGCAGGGCCUAGGAAAAGCCAUGUUUAGUGGUGAAGGUCUCUGGGUGUACAAAGUAAGCGGUACUGGUCUGCUAUGGAUUUCGAGUUUCGGUGCAAUCAUCCAGAAGACGCUCGUCGAAGGUGAAAAGUACAUCAUUGAUAACGGCCACUUAAUUGCUUGGAACUGCAAGUACGUCAUGGAGCGUGUUGCGUCCGGCGGUAUCAUUUCAGGAAUUGCCUCGGCGGAGGGUUUGGUGUGCAAGUUUUCAGGCCCCGGAACUGUCUUUAUGCAGACUCGAAACGCGAGGGCGUUUGCUGCUUUUAUGGGUGGACAGCAGUAUCAAGGAUAG